AAUCGCUUCUGAUGUGAGUGAACAAAAUCAAUUUGCGGGCGAUGGUUAAAAAAAUAUGCAUUAAUACAUUUUGAUUGUAACGUGUGGAUUGUUACAAAAUGGGAUGAUGCACUUUGUUGCGCAUCAAAUAGUGUUAUUUGACGUGUAUCUUUUUUGACACGCAAAGACCCAAACGGCGUAUCGUAUUCCAUACACUUGUUUCCAAAAUGCAUUGGAGAAUGAAAUAUUUUUCUUCGACGUCAUCAUCACUUUUCUUUUUUCGGUCCAACUAUAAUCUGCAAAGGUGCUGGGCGAAGCACACUCGUGUUGUAAAGCUCUUGCCUAGUUGCCUAAACAUAAUAAGCCUGUUUUGACCGACGCAACAACGGUUGAAAGAUGAGACUCGCACUUUUGUUGUGUUUCUUCAGUUUUAUUUGGUUGGCUGACUGUGCACCACCGACAUGCUAUUCCCGAGUGCUCGGCUUGAGCAAGGAAAUAAUAGGCCUUUUGGAAAAACUACACAAUUAUCAUCGCACGAAAACAUGCGUUGAGAUUCUGCCCAAGAUGUUUCUGGAUGUGCAAAAUUCGUGCAUCAAUACCAAGCUCCGUGACUUCCUCUAUGUCAUGGAGAACCUUCCUACGCAGUACUGCAGAGAGCGACCCAGGAUCGUGUUGUUGAAGCAGAAAGUCACCAACCUGUACAGAAUCAUCAACAGAAUCUGUUAUCGGGACCUAGUGUAUUUUACAGAUGACUGUGAGGCCAUUGAGACUGGCCAGAGUACCCCUCACUACAGAGAGGACAGGCUCCAGCUGCUGGUGGAAGAGAAGAGAUGAGYCCAUCCAGAGACAAACACACAUACACCACACACACAUAUACACACACAGGAAUAUAAUUGUGAGGGCAUGUAAACUCUGUUUCACUCACACACACACAUACAUAGCAUCACACACAACUGUAGCUAAAAAACAUGCCAACAUAGUUUCAUUUCUAACCUGUAAGCCUAAAGAUUUGAGUUUUUUGUCCAAGUGAGGUCUCAUGUUAGAUGGCAUGUGUUACAUUUCAAAUGGAGAACUUUCCACAGGAAAUUAGCUGAAUACCAGCUAUUCUGAUGAAAACCUUUUACCAGAAUAAACCAAAAUGUUUGUGUGCCUCACUUACUGCUGCUUACCUACCACACCGUUCGAAAGACAUGCCUUAUUUAUCCAAAUAUCUUGUAUGUUUCCAUAACUCUUCAUACAUACCGAGGUCCCAGCUCGUACAUCACCGAGAAAAGAUUGAUUACCUCAUGCUGAUUGUAUGACUAGGCCUAGUCUUUAACCUAAACUCUAGUAAUGUAUCUUGUUCAGAURUAGGCUAUACUUAAUCAUGAUUGCAUUUUCUUGUAAUUGGUGCAGUAGGCUUAUACAUAUGUGUAUUAGUUAUAUGUAUGUAAUAAAACAACUUUUUUUUAA